CCAAUGCCAGGAUAAUUGAAUUAGCUAGGACCCAAACAGCGGAGCAUGAUGUCGUCGGCCAAGGAGGCUGCGGAACCUGAAACCACAAAACUGAAGGUACUGGCGCUACAUGGCUACCGGCAGAACGCGGACAGCUUCCGCUCGAAGCUGGGCUCCUUUCGGAAGCAGGUCAGCAAAUACGUGGAGUUUGUGUUUCUCUCGGCACCACACAAAGCCGCACCGUUGGAAGCCGGCGGAGAGCAGGAUCCCGCACAAAAGAGCUGGUGGUUCAACAAAGACGACCACACGUUCAAAGGCACCAACCAAGGAGGCCCCGCGUACGGUUUCGACGAAAGCCUUCGGUUGGUGGAGAAAACGUGGCAGGCGGAAGGUUGCCACGGGUUGCUUGGAUUCUCGCAGGGUGCCUGCUUUGCCGGGUUGCUGUGCGAUUUAAGUGCACGAGGCAUGACCAAGGUGAAGCCUCAAUUUGCCAUUCUUGCGUCCGGCUUUCGUUCCGGCAGCUUGGUCCAUCUGAAUUACUAUGAGAACAAAAUUCAGCUUCCCUCACUACACCUCUACGGUGAGACGGAUGAUAUCAUUACGAAAGAUAUGAGCAUCGCCCUGUCGGACACAUUCCUGGAGCCGGAAAUAGUCACACACCCGGGCGGACACUACUUUCCCGCGCAGGCGAGCAUGAAGCAGAUCUACGUGGAUUUCUUCCGGGAUCAGCUGCAGCUGUACCUGGAAGCCAAAGAACUGGCCAAUGCCACCGAGGAGAACAUACUGCAGCUUGAACCACAGGCGGCGACAAGUGGUGCAUCGGAUGGAGAGCAACCGGACGAUUCGGAUUCGGAUUCCGAUUGACGGUCAAUCAUCAUCAUUUAACCAACCCGCGUACCGUAGCUCCGUACAAUUCUCCCGAAACUCAAAGGUUUUAUUUUCUCGCCAUUACUUAAUUAUGCAAAGCUGUAUGAAUAAAACUACCCAAGAUAGAAACAAGAAAAGAAAAGGAAACUCUGUUCGGGGUGGCGCACCGACACGCACACGGCGACGGUUGCUAUGUUAUGGACUGUAUGCUGUUGUUCUUCCCGGGUAUUUGAGAAGAAAUGGGACAGGGUUAAAGGUUUCUAAACAUGCUCACCGGUUUCAAUUCAACGUAUUUGCCAGAAGAAAAGAAAGAAUGAAAUGCUUCGGAGUGUAUUGGCAAUAGUGCUGGUCUUAAAUCGAGAAUUAGUAGCAAGAACCUAGAACCAUAAUCCAUUACAACCGGUUGUUUGUUUGGUGUGGCAGACAGUGUGGUUAAGUGUGGAACAUGCGUUUUUUUUGCGGGGGG